GCGGCGGCGCGUGCGGCGGGGAGGGAGGGGCUCGCGCUGCCUGCCUGCCCGGGACCAGCCCGCGCGCCACCGACUCCAGCUGCAGCCGCGGCAGCGCCCGGGGAGCCCGGCCGGGGGAUCGCGCCCGGGGGAGGAGUAGCGACCCCGCGCGGGCAGGGGGCGGCGCGCCGAGCCGGUGCAGCGGGGAGCGCCAGAGGCGCCGGGACCGUGCAGCCGCUCCCAGAAGGCCCGCGGAAGGAGCCGGUGCAGCGGACGCAGCCCCCGGGGGAGGGGAGGCAGCGAGGCGGUAGCGGCCCCGGCCGGGCGAACAAGGAGGCGGCGGCGGCGGCAUGGCCGGGCCCCCGCCACCCCCGCCGGGGCAGGAGGCGCCCCGCUACCAGGAGUGGAUUCUGGACACCAUCGACUCGCUGCGCUCCCGCAAGGCGCGGCCGGACCUGGAGCGCAUCUGCCGCAUGGUGCGGCGGAGACACGGGCCGGAGCCCGAGCGCACCCGGGCCGAGCUAGAGAAGCUGAUCCAACAGCGCGCGGUGCUGCGAGUCAGCUACAAAGGCAGCAUCUCCUACCGCAACGCCGCCCGCGUCCAGCCGCCCCGCCGGGGGGCCCCGGCGCCGGCCCCGGCCCAGCGCCCCGGGGGCACAUCCCGCCCCCACCGCGCUUCCCCGCCCGGAGCGUCCCCCGCCGCGCCCCGCUCCCCGCGGGCACCGGUCCCCGCCGCGCCCCGCUCCCACCGGGCAGCGCCCCGCGCCGAGCCGGCCGCGCCGCCUCGUAGGACCGGCCGGGAGCGGCCGCCGCCCCCUGCGCCCCCGGCCCCUGAAGAGGUGGCCCCCGAGCGCAGCUCCCCGGUCAGCCUGCGGGAGAUAGUGCGCUACCUGGGCGGGGAUGGGAGCGCGGCCGGGGGCGGCCGGGUGACCCGGGGCCGAGUCCAGGGGUUGCUAGAGGAGGAAGUGGCCCGCGGGAGGCUGGAAAGGACCCGCUUCGGCAGCAUCGCCCUGGCCCGGGCGGAAAGGGGGCCCCAGGGCCGCGCCCCCCACGCCAGGGCGCACCGGAGCAAGAAGGCCGGGGAGGAGCCAUCGGAGGAGAAGGGGGAGGAGGAAGAGGAGGAUGACGAGGCUUCCACCAUGUCGGAGGGCUCCGAGGCUCCGGACUACGAGGGGGCAGGCGCCGGGGCUGGGUUGGAGAGUGACGGCAAAGCAGCCCCCGCUGAGCAGAGCCAGAUGAACGGGGACUGUAAGGACAGCAGGCGUGGUGGGAAGGACUGUCCCACGGGGGGUGGCCACGCCAGGGACUUGCACCCCCCGGAGGAGCACUCCCCGGACAAGGGCUCCGAGCGCCCCCACCGCGAAGGCAGCGAGAGGCGUCAUGCCAAGGCCUGCUCCCCUGGGGAGAGCGCCUGCCAGCAGUUCGGGAUGGGCAAGAAGGAAGGGGGCUCCUACGGGCAGCCAGACAGAGCAGUCUCUCCAGCCGUUGCGGGCGCGGACCCCCCUGUGCCCUUGUCCCCCGGGCGGCCCGGCGUCCAGGCAGCAGAUGGGACACUGUUCAGCUGCGUCUCGGUGAAGAAGGAGAAGCCCUCAGACCCCGUGGAGUGGACAGUGAUGGACGUGGUGGAUUAUUUCACGGAGGCUGGAUUUGCAGAGCAGGCAUCUGCCUUUCAGGAGCAGGAGAUCGACGGGAAGUCCCUGCUGCUCAUGCAGCGCACAGACGUCCUGACCGGGCUGUCCAUCCGCCUGGGCCCCGCGCUGAAGAUCUACGAGUACCACAUCAAGGUGCUGCAGCAAAGCCACUUCGAGGAGGACGAGGUGGAUUCCUUCCUGGGCUGAGCAGGGAGAGGAGAGUCGCAGCUGGGGCCGAGCGGGACUGUGCCAGCAGCCCUCCCUGCCUGCUGCACCCCUUCCCCGGGUGCCUUGGGAAUCAGCCCUCCCAGCGUCCCUCUGUCUCCAUAGAAACAGAUGAAUGGGGGGUGUCAAUCAGCCUGGGGCUUUUGGUGCAGGGGGGAGGAGAUGGAAAUGACCCUGGCAUCCUAGCUGCGUCCUCCCACCUCUCGUGAUUAACCCCCAAGUGGUUGGGGAGGGGUAGAAAAAACUGUGGUGGGGAGGGAGUGAAGGUGUAGGCUUCAGAGGAGGGGUUUACAGGGGUGUUUUUUAGGGGGAGGGGGGAAUCAGUGCCCAACACUGCCCCCUGGCUCCUCCACUGUGUGUUUAUUCGCUUGGUUAGUCUCACAUCGUAGCAUCGUUGGCCAUUUCAAGCUGGGGGCAGGUGGGAGAGGUGGAUUUUUUGCUCAUUUCAUGCCCAGGAGAUGUCUGAGGACUUUGAGGGCCUCUUUUAGCUCUGCCCCUCCCCCCACCCCCAACUCAGGACAUGGCACUCUGGUUUGAUCUCCCCCCCACCCCCCCCCAAACAUCUGGUCUCCUUGCCGUCUGGAUGGGGUGGGUCAGGGAUUUUUUGGAGGUGGGUGGGGCACUGGGUGGUGCCCUGCAUCAGGGGAAGGUUUUAACAGGGGAUCCUUUUUAUUCUCUGGUUGGGGUGGGGGGUGGGGUAAAUUUUUUUUUUUUUUUUUUUUUUUACACAUAUCAAUGGUUGCUACCCAGAGUCAGUCGCUUUUUAAUAUUGCACCCUCCCCUCCCCCCACCUUCCUUUUUUUUAAAUAAAAAAAAAAUCUUAAAAACAAGAGAAACACCAAUCGGUUCAUAUUUCUGGACCAUUUCAGGAUGGGAGGGGGAGGGCAGAGCUUAGGACAGCCGAG